AUGCCAAAAAAAGUGUCAAAAAAGAAAAAACAAUCAGUGGAUCACCCUCAAAUAAUAUAUAUUUUAUAUCCCGUCACAUCAUCAAUUAAUGUAAAACCAAAACAAACGAAAGGAAAUUUAUCAAUUAAAAAAUCUCAUACAACAUCCACAAAAUUAACAAAACAAAAUUUAACAUCAGACACACAUAACAGUAAAUUAAAAAUAUCAACAUUAAAACAUAGUCAAUCAUCAGCAUCAUUACCAUCAAAAAUAACAAAUGAAUUAUAUAUAAAAGUAUCAUCAACACCCGCAUCUUUAGCAUCAUCAUUGGAUAAUCUCAAUAGUUACAAUAAUAAUAAGAACCAUAAUCAUUUUGACGAUUUUGUUAUUCUAUGGCUUGAUCAUAAUCAAAUUGAUAUUGAUAUGAAAUUAAAAUUAGAAAAAAAGACAACCCAUACAGUUCAAAUAUAUUCAAAUGUAGAAAAAUGGCAAGAAAUUAUACCACUUAUUCAUGAUUAUAAUCAUAUACAUUCAAUAUAUAUUUAUUGUAUGAAUAUUGAACGUUAUCAUGAAUGGUCAUUACAAUAUUCAAAAAUUCAAAAUAUAUUUGCUGAUCAGUCAAAUUUAAUUAAACAUAUAACAAAUGAUCUAGAAUAUGCAACAGAACAAUUAUUUACAUUUAAUAUAAGUACAUUAAAUCAAAAAGCAUUUCAAGAUUUAACAAAAAAUGCAGCAAAAUUUAUGUGGAAUCAAUUAUUAAUAGAAGUUUUAUUUCGAACAUCAACAGAUAAUAAUAAUUAUGAUAUAAAAGCAAAAAAACAAAUGUUAGAUGCAUGUCGAGCAUAUUAUAUUGAUAAUCCAAAACAAAUUCAAUAUAUUAAUAAAUUUGAACGUGAAUAUCAACAACAUAAUGCUAUUGAAUGGUAUACAAAAGAAACAUUUUUAUACAAAAUUAUUAAUAAAGCAUUAAGAACCGAAAAUAUUGACGCAUUAUUACAAUAUCAAUUUUACAUAAAAGAUCUUUCGAAACAAUUAGAACAAUUACAUGAUAAACAAUACUUAAAAGGUAAAUAUAAAACAGAAAGAAAAACGAAGAAAUAAAUUCGAAAUAGACAUUUUUUGUUAAAUAACAAACGUAAUUUCCUGAAUAGUUUUACACUGUCACUAAUCAGAUGAAUAAGAGUGUACUUACUUGUUGUUUUAUAAGAGUGUAUUAGUUUAAAUAAUUUUUAUCACAUAUGAUACUCUAAAGAAUUAAGGUCAAAAUAUUUUUAGGCUAGCUUGUAAAAAAACUUGUAAAAAGUGUAAGUUCGAGAGCAUUUUAUCUAUUCUAGCGCCUGAGCUAGAUGGCCUAAGUCCGUCCAUGGCCAUUUUGAAACCUCUGUACGCCAAAUCAGUAUAGUCUUUUGCAUUAAAAGCUUUCCCCAACAAUUAUACAUCAUUCUAACCGCCACUAAAAGGCGAAAAAAAUUAUGCAUGCGUUCGGAAAACUUUCGCUUCCUCGUGGAGAAACGUCGACUUUACUGAAUCAAAGGCGAAAAAGUCGAAAUUCUGCUGUUAUUCACGAUUUUCCCGAACAAAACUCAAUUUUUGUGUAAUAGAAACAUCAUAUUCAGAAUCAGGAUCAAAAGCUGAAUCGAAUGAUGUGUAUUUCGAAAAUUUUCGACUACUUUAAGUUUUUGGUGAAAAUCCCGAUGAUUGGUCGAAGUGGGAAUUCGAAAGUUUUGUUCGAGAAAAUCGCGAAUUACGAGCAGAAUUUCGACUUUUUCGUCUUUGAUUCAGUAAAGUCGACGUUUCUCCC